AAAUUGUUUUUAAAUAUAGGGUGGUACCCUACUAUUUAAAAACAUCGAUGGCUGUUCAUCUCUACCGAUAACAUUGCCGGCGAAAAUGGAAGCGGAACAAGCAACCACGAAAGAAGACGAGACAUGCAUCGACCUCUUGGCUAUCGUGCUGGAUACGAAUCCCUCGCAGCACGUUGUCCGACAGAAUCCCCAAAAUCUCACACAAAUCCUGGAGGCGGUCAUUGCCUUUGGGAAUGCUCAUCUUAUGCAGAAGGCCCAGAAUAAACUGGCUGUAUUAUCCUGUUCUCAUCAUGCAACAAAUUUCCUUUACCCUCUGCCCAAAAGACCAGUAGAAUUGCGCCAGGUGGAUGGCCAAUAUGAGGCCUUUAGUUUAGUGGAGAAGACAGUAAAACAGCGGUUGGGCAGCAUCCUGAUGAAUGCUCCAAGGCUCAGUGCGCCUUGUGAGAGUCUUCUGGCUGGCAGCAUGUCCAUGGCGCUGUGCUACAUAUCCAGGAUCCAAAGGAAUCUCGCACCUGGUGUCAAGAUGCACUCCCGCAUUUUGGUCCUGACCGGUAGCAAUGAGUGUGCCUCCCAAUAUAUGACCUUCAUGAAUGUCUUCUUUACCGCCCAAAAACUGGGCAUUGUGAUCGAUACCUGCGCCCUGGACAAGACACUCAGCUUGCUCCAACAAGGAUGUGAUAUUACCUCCGGGCAGUUCCUCAAGGUCACUCAGUUGGAUGGCUUGCUGCAGUAUCUUUUGUGGGUCUUCCUGCCCGCCCCACAGAUUCGCCACAAGUUGGUCCUGCCACCACCGCCCAAAGUUGACUAUCGCGCCUCCUGUUUCUGCCAUCGUGAGCUCAUCGACAUUGGCUACGUCUGCUCGGUUUGCUUGUCUGUGUUUUGCAAAUACAGUCCAAUUUGCACCACAUGCCAUACAAUAUUCAAGAAUCCUGGACCUUUGCCUAUAAAAGCUAAGAAGAAAAAGAAGACCGACAAACCAAUGUAAUUCGCGUUCGCCAAAAGCAGUAUGUUAAAUAUAAAGGUACAUUUUUAUUUUAAA